AUGAAUACAAAUUCGAUUAUCACAAAAGGUGAAUCAGAAUCCGUCAUCGUGGUAAAUGAUGAUGUUAAUGGACCACCUGUUAUUCAAGAAUUCUUUUCAAAAUUGAAUAUUAAUAUUGAAAAGAAUCGAUGGACUUGUUGCUGCAAUAUUUGUUCAUUAUCAGUUACAGAUACAUAUAGAACAACUUCGAAUUUUUUAAAGCACAUAAAAACUAAACAUCGAUUAGCAUUUGAUGAAUGGAAAAAUUCGACCAAUAAUAAACGUCAACAACUUCUCACCAACAGUCUUAUUCGAAAUCUUAUUAUUAAUAUGAGUCUUCCAUUAUCAAUAGUCAACAAUGAAUCGUUUAUGAAUUUUAUGUUAGAUAUUGAUCCAAAGUACAAAAUGAUUAAUAGACGUGAUAUUACACGUUCGUUUCUUCCUAUUAUGUAUAAAAAAUGUAUAAAAAAGCUGCAGGACAUUUGUAAUCGAUCAAAAUAUGUUAGUCUCACUCUUGAUAUAUGGAGUGAUCGUAGAAUGCGUAGUUAUUUUGGCAUUACACUUCAUACAAUUAUUGAUGAUCAAUAUAAAACUUAUGUUCUUUCGUUCGAACGUCUAAAAGGUAAACAUUCUGGUGAUAAACUUGCUGCUGAAUUUGAUCGCGUUAUACAAAUGUACAAUUUAAAGGAUAAACUUGUUAGAAUAGUUACUGAUAAUGCAAGUAAUAAUCAAGCUGCAUUUGAUAAUCUUAUAUUAUCUGGUUUUGAAGAAUAUUUUAAUGAUAUUGAUGAUGAUCAAUCUGAACGUGAAACAAGUGAUGAAGAUAGUGAUAAUAAUGAAUUGUACGGAAAUAGUCAAUUACAAGCAGAAGAAGUAAAUGAUGAUAUAUAUGGAACAACACUUAGUGCACCAGCAGAACAAGAAUUUUUACGAUUACCAUGUUUUAGUCAUUGUCUUCAACUUGUUGUUAAUGAUGGAAUUAAAGCUGCUGGUGGUGCAUUAUCGUCUCUUAAAAAAGUAGCUGAUCUUGCUAAACUUGCACAUACAAGUACAUCAUUUACAGAACGUUUAGAAGAACAAAAGUACAGUAUUCCUCUUGCUAAUCGAACUCGAUGGAAUUCACAAUUUCAAACUGUGAAGAAAGUUAUUAAUAGAAAAAUUUUAGAAGAUUUUGUUUCUUUAUUUGAACUGUUUAAUGAAGCUACUGUUCUAACACAAGGUGAAUGUUAUGCUACUGUUAGUCUUGUUGCGCCUACAAUUCUUGGUAUUCUUUUUGAUCUUGAGCGUGAACAUGCUUCUUCAAAUUUAUCUCUUGUAUCUUUGUGUGAAGCACUUCUUUCAUCUCUCAAAGCUCGAUUUAGUGGACUUCUUCGUCAUUUCGAAAUUGAUGUACCAUUCGCUUUUUAUUCCAUGUCUGAACGUUUUUCUGAUCCUAUCUUUCUAAUUGCGCCACUUCUAGAUGCAUGUUUUAAAUUGUUAUGGCUCCAUAAUCUUCAACUUGCAAUAAAGUUACGUGUUAUCGAAAAAAUUCACAGUACUUUUGUUCGUUUUUUCUCAAAAUUGAAUUUUUCUGUAUCACAACCAGAAGAAGCUGAUGAGUCGAACGUAGCUGAACAAGAUAUCAGUGAUAUGAUGACAAAACAUGUUGAUCCAACAACAAAAAGAAAAUGUCUUUUUCCUUACUUAAAUGAUACGAAAAAGAUUUCAUUUGAUGAGAAAUCGAAAGUUUUGGUAGAGCUUGAUGCUUUUCUACCCGAAAGAAGCAAUGAAAAUAAUUUACUUUUUCUCAAGAAAAAUCUUUAUCCUUCUCUAUAUGAACUUAGUCUAAAAUACUUGUCAGUACCGGCUACAUCAGCUCCUAUUGAAAGAAUAUUUUCUAAAAGUGGUUUUAUUAUGCGUCCACAUCGCGCAUCGUUAACCUCAAAAAAUGUAUGCUUGCUUACUUUUCUUAAAUGCAAUAGCGUUUUGUUGUAA